UCAUUUUUGGUUGAAUAAAAAGUUCCCAAAAAAUAAAAAAUUGCUAGUUAGCAAAUUUUUGGGUACACGCAGAAUUUCCCGAAACGAUUCCCGCCAAAUCGUAGUGCGCCGAACAACAUAUACCUCUCAAUUCCUUCCCAGUAAGUAACCCUAAAUUCCCUCCGUCUUCCCAAAUUUGAUUAACAAAAUAAAAUUUAAAAAACCCAAAAAAAAAAAAAAAACACAAGGAAGAAAAUGAAAGGAGGCACAGUUCAGAUCAACUGGCACGACACCAAGCCGGUACUAACCCUAGAUUUCCACCCAACUUCUGGUACUCUCGCUACUGGAGGCGCCGAUUUCGACAUCAAGCUUUGGUUAAUAAAUUCGAGCGAAACACAGAAGAAACUCCCAGCAGCUUCAUAUCAAAAUAGCCUUUCUUACCAUAGUUCUGCUGUAAAUGUCCUUCGCUUCUCUCCUUCUGGAGAACAACUUGCCUCUGGUGCAGAUGGAGGUGAGCUGAUUGUAUGGAAGUUGCAUGCAACAGAAACUAGCACAACGUGGAAGGUCCUUAAGACAUUGUCGUCUGCAAAAUACCAUCUCUUUCAUGAUGAGACGUUGCCAUCUUUCUUUCGAAGAUUAGCAUGGUCACCUGAUGGAUCAUUUCUACUUGUUCCAGCAGGUUCCUACAAAAUAUCAUCUGCACCGGAGACAAUAAAUACAGCUUAUGUAUUUUCUAGAAAGGACCUUUCAAGGCCUGCUCUACAGCUCCCUGGUGCCUGCAAACCUGUUGUAGCAGUUCGUUUCUGCCCUUUGCUCUUUAGCCUGCGGGGGUCAAAUCAAUCCGGGUUCUUUAAGCUUCCCCAUCGUAUUGUUUUUGCUGUGGCCACUUUAAAUUCUUUGUACAUUUAUGACACAGAGAGUGUUCCUCCAAUUGCAAUCUUUGCUGGUCUUCACUAUGCAGCCAUAACAGACAUUGCAUGGUCACCCAACGCCCAAUACCUAGGAUUGUCUUCUCAAGAUGGUUACUGCACUUUGGUAGAAUUUGAAAAUGAUGAACUGGGAUCACCUAUCUGCUCAUCAGAGGAAAAGAAAGUCAUGCAUGACAAGAACAAAAGCCCAGUUCAGAAGCCAGAGGACAUGAAAAUUGAAGCUACUAAAAAUGAUUGCCUUGUUGCUGAAGAUAAUGGAAGAACUGUAGAAGAAAGGAAUCAACAAAAAGAAGCUGAAAGGAAAGAAGAGAGGGUCAUGGGUGAACAGAAUAAAAGGCCAGCUGAGAAGGCAGAGGACAUGGCAAUUGAAUCUACUGCAACUGACAGUCUUGUUGCAGCAGAUAAUGGAAAUUCAGAAGCAGAAGGGAAUCGAAAAACAGAAGUAGAAACGAAAGCAAAAGAAGUCGUUGAUUUAGAGAACAGAAGUCCAGUUGAGAACCCAGAGGACAUGGUAGUUGAAGUUACUGCAAAUGAUAGUCUCGUUGCAGCAUAUAAUGCAAAAUCAGAAGCAGAAAGCAAUGAAGGGAUACCAGAAUCUCAAAGCUCAAUGAAGACUGCUACUAUAAAUAAGCCUACCAAAAGACGUAUUACACCUAUGGCAAUCGACCCGUGAUAGCUACCAUUCUCACCUCUGUACAUUUUGUAAUCAAUUUAAUCUUUCACUUGCUGGGUGCUGAUUUCUCAGCCCUUUUCAAUUGUAGGAUUCAGUGUACUAAAUUACUGAUGCUAGAAAGAAGACCCUUCCCUUCCCUGGGAAGUAUAA